GUAAAUGUGCCCCAGGAUACUUCCGACUCAGUCAUAACUGCGAUGCCAUCAUUGACCGUCUCCUGGCGAGAAUUUGACAUUGCACUGACACCUCGCAUCAAGGCAGAGGGUCUUCCUUCACCAAAACGACAGAAACCAUACCAAGGGCAGCCUGUUGUCGACACUCUAUACGAGGUAUUCUUCAAAAACGCGAAGUCUAUUGGUUCGCAGUUUGCGCAACGCUUCGUUGACAUUGCGAAGAACAAGGCCAGUCGGCCAGAGGUUCCCAUCCCCAUGGUAGCAAUAGUCAGCACAGCUAUUCACGCUACUCUUAUUGCAAAGAAGAACAAGGCAGGUGACGACUUCAAGUUCACAGGCAACCAAUUCUGUGACAUCUAUACCUACCACGUGGCGUUGUUGGAGAAAAUCCGAAGGACCGCUCCCGUCAAGUUUCAUAAAAUGAUGGCCAAUAUCUACGAGGAGGUUCAAGGUUUCCGUCGUGACACAAUUGGUGUCUAUGACAAAGACACUGAUCUAGCACUCUUGGACCUCGAUGGCAUGGACGAUGAGUAGAAUAUCUCACUGACAUGCCGUAUUUUGCAGGAAUUCAAUGUAUCCUAUAAUCCUUGAUACCUCGCCGCUCGCUAUAUCUCACCAUUCACUAUGUUUUCCUCGUUUAGAUCGUACUUUACCGCUGCUGUAGCCUGAUACCCGAGUUU